AUGAUAUUUUCAUGGCUAUUAUUUGCCCCUUUGGCUAUAUUAUUUGCACGGUUCCAAAGGAAUCCUUUGAAGCGUUUAUUGGGUGAACAAUUAUGGUUUCAGGUUCAUCGGUUUCUUAACUCAGUUACUAUUUUAUGUACAUUUCUUGCCAUUAUUUGCAUUAUGAGCGCUACUGGUGGAAAAUGGGAUGGACCUAAAAUGGGGAUUUCUGUAAUUCUAUAUGUUUUAUUUAAAAAAGAUUUCAAAUUAAGAUCAACUGGGGACAAGUACACGCUCUUGUGGGAACGAUUGCUUCAUUUUUGGCAUUUUCUCAGUUGA